AUGGGUUUAAGUGCAUUGCAAUAAAAUGGUAUUUUGAUACUCAUAAUUAGCCAGUACAAGCCUCUUCAAACUGGAUCACAACGUUUUUUGACACACCUUAGUAAUGAUGUAUUUUGCAUGUGAGAAGUAAGAUGCAUUUUGAGCGACCAGAGGAUAGAGUAUUUUGGGCUGAAAUGUGUCCUUCCCCAGAUUAUAACUCCAAGUACCUCCAACUGUGCCUGCAUUGCAGAGAGGUAAUUAAGGUAAAAUGAGUCAUAUGGGUGAACUCUAAUCCAAUAUGACUAGUGUCCUUACAAGAGAGUCAGACAUAGACACAGAGCGAAGAUCAGGUGAAGAUAGUGAUAAGGCUGCCAUCACUAAAAGCCAAGUAGAAAGGCCUUGGAAUAAAUCAAACCUGUCAAUACUUUGAUCUUGGACUUGGGGCUCUGAAAUUGUGAGAAAAUGAAUUUCUUUUGGUUAAACCACUCAGUGUGGUAUUUUCUUAUGGCCUCCAUAGCAGCCUAAUACACUUAGUUCUAUAAAACUUUUUGAGAUGUUUUAGAUACGAUGUCUUUAAAUUUUGGUUCCAUAAAGCUUUUUGAGACAUUUUAGGUAACAUGCUUUUACAUUUUGGUGUAUGAAUUAAUUCUAUACUAUUGAAGUGUCUCUGUUUUCUCAAAAACUAGUAUAAUCUUUUUUUUUGUAAAUUCCUUCUUAGUGAUGGGAAGUAAAAUUCUUUUUUUUUUCUGCUUCAUCUUCUUUUGGAAAAAGAUAUAAAGACCUUGUACUGUGUCUUGCUUAUGCAAUUGUAGCUACUUUACACAAUUGUAGCUACUUUAUUAAAACCUCGAUCUUUGUGAGCUGGUUAGUUACUUUCAAAGCUGAGACACAUUAGCAACUGUGAACAACAGGUACAUUUUAUCAGUAACAAAAGUUUUAUUUGCUUUGCAGCCAGUUAUUUUGCACUCACAAUAUACUUUUGAAAUAUUAUCUCAUCAUUGUCCCUAUAUAAAUUUUCUCUCUGUUGUGUUUCUUUGAGAAGGUAAAGAGAUGUAAAUAUAGUUGACUUCAUCUGUAGUCAUUUAUAAUCUUUCUUGGACUGUAAUAAAGACUUUUCUUAUAUGACAACUAAAAUUAGACCAUCAUUUCCUUGUCUCUUACCAAAAGUUAACAUUAUGAAUGAAAAGUAAUGUCAAAAGCUGUUUAGUUUAUCUGAACUACCUCUGAUCUUUUAGAUUAGGAAACAUCUUUUUUCCUUUAUAUUCCUUAGCUGUUCUUUCUGAAGUGCUUUAUAUAUUGGUAAUUUUUUAUAAUAAUACUAGGAUUUUUGAUAAGCAUGUAAGUAUUAAUAAUGUUUAGUUUUUUGUGUUCUGACCAUGUUGCUUACAGUUGACAUGAGACCUCAUUCUUGACAUACCAUAACAUUAAAUGAAGGCCUUUGGAAAAUAUUUGAUUUACAGCUGUAAUCCCAGUGCUUUGGGAGGCAAUGGCUGUUACACUGAACUGGAGAGUUCAAGGCUGAGUGAGCUACGAAGGUGCCACUGCACUCCAGCCUGCGUGGCAGAGCCAGGUACCAUCUCUAAAAACUUGAACGUUAUCAGUAUUUUGAAAUUAUGUUAAUUACGUAUGAAAUUAGGCUAGUUUUUUUACUGAAAAACAUAAUGUAAAAAUACUUUUCUUUCCACAAAAUACAUUGUCUUAACUUGAUGAAAAUUUCUCAAACAAGAGUUAUUUUAUUUAUUGAAAUACAGGAUCUUGCUCUGUCAUAAAGGCUGGAGUGUGGUAUCACAAUCAUAGCCCAAAACAAAUGGGCUUAAGCCUCCCCAUAGCUGGGACUACAGGCGUGUUCCACCACACCCAGCACUUUUCAAUUUUUUUGUACAGAUGGAUCGCCCUGUUUUCCAGGCUUGUCUCCAACUGUCAGUUGAGCACAAGCUGAUUUUAUCUCAGCCUUCCAAAGUGUUUUGGAAUUACAGGGAUAAGCCGCCUCUCAUUUAUCAUUUUUGAAACAAAAGGUAACGACUUGAGAAAACAAGGUCAAACCAAUGGUUUGAAAAGAGAAUUGCUAUCCAGCACUUAUCUCAUUAUAUCAACUAUGUACCAUUGGUUUUCCUUUCGUAAAGCAUUUUAUGAUUUUUAGGUGUCUCAGUUAAGGACAAGAUGAUUUCUGAGUUUUAAAAAUAGGUAUGCUAGAAAACUGAAAUACCUGGCCUCUAUAUUUAGAGAUUACCGGCUCCGGCCCGCAGGCUGCAGUGCAGUGGCUUGAUCACAGCUGUCCGCCUGUAUCUGCUGGCCUCAAGCGAUACUCCAGCCUUGGCCUCCCAAAGCGCUCAGAGGUGAGCGACCGCGAUAGGCAUGUUUAACUUUUUAGUAGCAACUUUUAAACACAGUUUGGGUACCUAGUUUAAUGGGAAAUUAGAGUGCAUAAAAACGUAAAGUAAUGAAAACUCACAAUACACGUUUUUGGAGUUCAUCAGUACUAUCUGUUUAAUCAAAUGCAUUUUCCUCUCAGUCUCUAAAGCCUUUUUAAACUUUAAGAGGAUAAAUAAUUUUGUAAGAAGACAAUCCCAAAACCAAUUGUUAGUUUACAUUUAUUAAAGGAUGUGCAUAAUUCAUUGUUCAUGAGACAAUUACACAAAACUGACAUUUCAAGGAUGCCAAAAGAUGAAACACUGCCAUAAAGAACAUAUACUAGACAUUACAAAUCUUGGUCAAAAUACCUACGUUAACGCAAAAAAAAAAUCAAUUGGCUCAGUAACUGAUCUAGGAUAAUCCUCCCCUCCUCUUGCCUGUACACUGUGGCAAGUCCAUUUAUUUUUUUUUUUAAAGCCACCAAAGGAGACAGUGGGGAAUGCUAUCUCUCUGUAUCUGCUUUCCUCCUCAACCCUAGGAAUAAAGUAAACACGUUUACUGCGGGCGGGGGUCUAAGGGCCUGCAACAAUGAGAUCUGUCGCCUUGGCUAGGACUGGCGCCAAGAGGCGAUAGGUCUCGGGAGAGCCUGGCGCAGGGUGUGGGAGAUUAGGAAUCGGAGGUCCACCGGAGAUGGCACGGGGUGGCCUGGCCCGGUGCAGGGCCGCUUGCCUGCACGCAACCAACUAAGGCGGUGGUGCGCGAGUAGUGGUGACGGCGGGCGCGCGGGAAAAGGAACAUUGUGACGGAAACUCCAGCUGCCGGAGACCCCACCGCAGUGAGGUCACUGGACUCCCCGGACUCGGGACGUGACCGGCGCCGACCCGGGGCGCCGAGAGGCCCACCGGGCGGAGGGGGCCCAACUACCAUUCCGCAUUUUCCUGGGUCUCUCUCCCGGGCGGUGACGUGACGUGCUGACGGCGGGCCCGUGCCGGGGAGCUGGGCCGCUUUUUGUCAGCUCCGAACUCGGCCCCUCCUCCCUCCCUCCGCCCGCCCUACCAGCCGGAGCCCGGCCCAGUGCUCCAGAGAAAGGCCGGCCUGCAGCACCCGCCGCUGUUGCCGACCGCCCGCACAUCCGUCGGGAGCUGUGACUAAUGAGAAUUAAAGGCCAUGGAUGAAGAUGAAUUUGAAUUGCAGCCACAAGAGCCAAACUCAUUUUUUGAUGGAAUAGGAGCUGAUGCUACACACAUGGAUGGUGAUCAGAUUGUUGUGGAAAUACAAGAAGCAGUUUUUGUUUCUAAUAUUGUGGAUUCAGACAUAACUGUGCAUAACUUUGUUCCUGAUGACCCAGACUCAGUUGUAAUCCAAGAUGUUAUUGAAGAUGUUGUCAUAGAGGAGGAUGUUCAGUGCUCAGAUAUCUUAGAAGAGGCAGAUGUAUCUGAAAAUGUCAUCAUUCCUGAGCAAGUGCUGGAGUCAGAUGUAACUGAAGAAGUUUCUUUACCACACUGCACAGUCCCAGAUGAUGUUUUAGCUUCUGACAUCACUUCAACCUCAACGUCAAUGCCAGAACAUGUUUUAACGAGUGAAUCCAUGCAUGUGUGUGACAUUGGACAUGUUGAACAUAUGGUGCAUGAUAGUGUAGUGGAAGCAGAAAUCAUUACUGAUCCUCUGACGAGUGACAUAGUUUCAGAAGAAGUAUUGGUAGCAGACUGUGCCCCUGAAGCAAUCAUAGAUGCCAGCGGGAUCUCAGUGGACCAGCAAGAUAAUGACAAAGCCAGCUGUGAGGACUACCUAAUGAUUUCGUUGGAUGAUGCUGGCAAAAUAGAACAUGAUGGUUCCACUGGAGUGACCAUCGAUGCAGAAUCAGAAAUGGAUCCUUGUAAAGUGGAUAGUACUUGUCCUGAAGUCAUCAAGGUAUACAUUUUUAAAGCUGACCCUGGAGAAGAUGACUUAGGUGGAACUGUAGACAUUGUGGAGAGUGAACCUGAAAAUGAUCAUGGAGUUGAACUACUUGAUCAGAACAGCAGUAUUCGUGUUCCCAGGGAAAAGAUGGUUUAUAUGACUGUCAAUGACUCUCAACAAGAAGAUGAAGAUUUAAAUGUUGCUGAAAUUGCUGAUGAAGUUUAUAUGGAAGUGAUCGUAGGAGAGGAGGAUGCUGCUGUUGCAGCAGCAGCAGCUGCUGUGCAUGAGCAGCAAAUUGAUGAGGAUGAAAUGAAAACCUUCGUACCAAUUGCAUGGGCAGCAGCUUAUGGUAAUAAUUCUGAUGGAAUUGAAAACCGGAAUGGCACUGCAAGUGCCCUCUUGCACAUAGAUGAGUCUGCUGGCCUUGGCAGACUGGCUAAACAGAAACCAAAGAAAAAGAGAAGACCUGAUUCCAGGCAGUACCAAACAGCAAUAAUUAUUGGCCCUGAUGGUCAUCCUUUGACUGUCUAUCCUUGCAUGAUUUGUGGGAAGAAGUUUAAGUCGAGGGGUUUUUUGAAAAGACACAUGAAAAACCAUCCUGAACACCUUGCCAAGAAGAAGUACCACUGUACUGACUGUGAUUACACUACCAAUAAGAAAAUAAGUUUACAUAACCACCUGGAGAGCCACAAGCUGACCAGCAAGGCAGAGAAGGCCAUUGAAUGUGAUGAGUGUGGGAAGCAUUUUUCUCAUGCAGGGGCUUUGUUUACUCACAAAAUGGUGCACAAGGAAAAAGGGGCCAACAAAAUGCACAAGUGUAAAUUCUGUGAAUAUGAGACAGCUGAACAGGGGUUAUUGAAUCGCCACCUCUUGGCAGUCCACAGCAAGAACUUUCCUCAUAUUUGUGUGGAGUGUGGUAAAGGUUUCCGACACCCGUCGGAACUCAAAAAGCACAUGCGAAUCCAUACCGGCGAGAAGCCAUACCAAUGCCAGUACUGUGAAUAUAGGUCUGCAGACUCUUCUAACUUGAAAACACAUAUAAAAACAAAGCAUAGUAAAGAGAUGCCAUUCAAGUGUGACAUUUGUCUUCUGACUUUCUCAGAUACCAAAGAAGUGCAGCAACAUACUCUUGUCCACCAAGAAAGCAAAACACAUCAGUGUUUGCAUUGCGACCACAAGAGUUCAAACUCAAGUGAUUUGAAACGACAUGUAAUUUCAGUUCAUACGAAAGACUAUCCUCAUAAGUGUGAGAUGUGUGAGAAAGGCUUUCACAGGCCUUCAGAACUCAAGAAACAUGUGGCUGUCCACAAAGGUAAAAAAAUGCACCAAUGUAGACAUUGUGACUUUAAGAUUGCAGACCCAUUUGUUCUAAGUCGCCAUAUUCUCUCAGUUCACACAAAGGAUCUUCCAUUUAGAUGUAAGAGAUGUAGAAAGGGAUUUAGGCAACAAAAUGAGCUUAAAAAGCAUAUGAAGACACACAGUGGCAGGAAAGUAUAUCAGUGUGAGUACUGUGAGUAUAGCACUACAGAUGCCUCAGGCUUUAAACGGCACGUUAUUUCCAUUCAUACAAAAGACUAUCCUCAUCGGUGUGAGUACUGCAAGAAAGGCUUCCGAAGACCUUCAGAAAAGAACCAGCACAUAAUGAGACACCAUAAAGAAGUUGGUCUGCCCUAACAGUGUGUCUACAAGCUUGUAAAGAUGUUGGCCUUGAAGCAGAAAAUUCAUUUUUUAAAGCCAGUCUUGUUCACAUCCAUUACUAUACAUUGAAUUAUGCUGUGUAAAAAUAGAAUUAUUGCUUCUAGUCCACUUUUCUUUACAUUUUAUUCAAUAUGCUGUCCUGAAUCCUAUUCAGUUUCUUUAAUAGAUGAGGAAAAAUAGCAACAAGCAAGUUGCUUAUAAUAAAAUAAUUUGUGAUUCUAUACUGAAUUUUCAGUCAUAAAAGCUUUACUAUUUAUUUACAUAUUUAUUCAUGUUGAUGGUACUCUUCUAAGACAAAAUCAGAUUGAUAACUAUGAAAGUAACAUUUUUGACCCAUUUCUUCCUACACAAAUGUUUCACAUUGGAGACAUCUGCUAAUACAAAUGGGAGGUUUUACUGUCAAGUCCAAUUAGCAAAACGUGGUAAUAAUUUUUUUGUCAACAUUUUCAGAUUACAUGAUAAAAUUUUACAUUUGAGCUUCUAGCAUUGAUUAAUAUAGGAUAUUGACCACGUUUAUGUUUAAAUUUCAUUUUGUUCAGCAGACAAAAUGUACUUCCCUUAACUUUCAUUAAUAGUGUUUACAUUUUUUGUCAGCACAGCAAACUUCUAGAAAGUAUUAUUGAAAAGUUUUACUUAUUUUUAUCUUCUGUUUUCUCUUUGUACUGCUUUGUCUUGCAUUGUGUUCCAACACAUGAGACUUACUGCACACUGAAUUUUGGAGUCUUUUAGAGGUAAAUUGUGGACUCAGGAUUUUUUGAAACUUGGUGUGUAACUCUAAAUCUUGUAUAUGCAUCUUUGUUGCUUAUUACAUAUUUACACACACAACCACAAAUUUUAAACUUAUGAUGAAAAUUUACAGUAACCUGAAAGAUCCAGGGAUGUAUGAGAGGAUUUUGUAACUUGUUAUUCAGUUACUAAAUUUGAGGUGAAUAAUUAAAAAGAAAGGACAUUAGGAGAGUGAAAAUCUUCUCUUGAAAUAAUCUUUGAUAGAUAAAAAUGGAAGGUAAGAUGUUUCUAGAUAGAAUGUUUUCAUACAAUUUCAGCUUCAUAUCAUAAAUUUUUCUGGAAAGCUAUUUCAGACAUAGAUUUCUUAGUAUUUUUCUGAGAAUCCUGUGAAGGAACUCUGUCUCUUUGCAAAGUAAGGAGGACUAAGGGAAAAUGAUGGUACCAUGUAACAGAAUGAGAGCUAAUUCCAAAUUAGCAACUUCAUCCUGCUUUCUAUUUUACAUUGAGUAAAGUUUUAAAAAGACAACAGUCAAGUUGAUUUUGAUUAGAAGAUAAAAGUACAUAAUGAAAAUCCAUGGCCUUAUUUGGAAUAUAUAUCACUUUCCAAAUUUUAUUGUUUAUUUGAGAGUUAAUAAGUUAAUGUUAUUAAGCAGUUAAUAAUUUAUAUGUAUGGAUAUAAUAUAAAAUGAAUUCAUAUAAUUAAAAAGAAUUUGGUUAAUAAGAAUUUGGAGAAUGGAAAAUACAUUUUUAGGUUCCUUAAUUUGGCUGUUGGUACCUGUGUAUUUGGAAUAUUUUAGGGGAUUCGAAUUUUUUUUAACCCACAUUACAGCUACCUUCUAGCUUUAGUAUGGUGGUGCUUCAUUCAACUUUUGCUGUCAGGUUUUUAUUUUCACCCUUUUCUGUGCCACCAAUUCAAAAGUUACAGGAUUAGGAAAUAUAAAUUUAUAUUUGGUGAUUGGCAGCCUCUGAAAUGUUAGAUUAAUUUGAUCUAGUUCUAAAGUGCUUUAGUCAUAUAUGAAUUUAAACCUAGUACCAACCAAAACCAUGUAAUGGAUUUUAAGAACCUGUUAGGCCUUCUUAGCCCUUAUACAUGUCCCUACCUGAUUUUUACUGUCCUUCAUGAUCCUGUUCUUGAAAACUUCAGUUUGUAUUUGAAAAUCCUUUAAAUCUCCUUCCAAUUUGUUUUCUCCCUGAAGUAAUAUAAAAGGAAGUAUUUAAGUGAAAGUGUAAGAGUUUUAAAACAUUUUUUAAAAUUAAUACAGAUAGUUAGCUAUUUAUCUUUUAAAAAUAAACUAAAAGGUAAAAAACGUUAACACUUUACAUAUUUCAUAUUUUUCAUAUAGUCUGGAGUUAUACACAGUUGUUUUGUUUUUAACCACGGUAUUGAAACCUUUAAAAGGUAAUUAAGCAUUUGGUCAAGUAAAUAUAGAACAUUUGUAUAAAGAAAGAAAUGAAAUUGUGCUUAAUGUCAUAUACUGUUAUUAUUUGCAGGCUGGUUUUAAUUCUUAAUUUGAUUAGCAAAGCUAAAAAAGUGAAUGUUGAAGUUGAAAGUUUUAAAGAGGUCCAAAAUCUUACAAGGACAUAAAUUAUUAUUUGGUUGAAAAAUAGUCUAUUAGAUAUUGUAUGUCCCUUCCUCUGUACAAAUUGUAAAAUACUUAAAAUAACUAUGAAGAAUUCAUAUAGGAAGUGUGAUACUAUUGUAAAUGUGUAUUUGAGAAUAUGCAAAAAUGAAAAUAAUAUUUUACUGUUAAUAAAUGUUUACUUGUAUAUGA